AUGUCUGACUGCAGUGCUCGUCGAUCGUCAAAAAUGCCCCAUCCAAAUGAUCUCCAUCGCUCCACUCAAUCAGCCUCAGCACCACCUGGAGAUGCAGCGCAAUUACCGCAAGGCCAGUGUCGUUAUAUCCUCACGAUACCGGAACUAAAAGGUCAUCGCUGCGGAUGUAUGGGCUUUCAUCACAACACAUCUCUUCCCGGCGCGACAUGUUACUGUGGCCAUUUCUCAUGCUUCCACUCAUCAACAUCCCUAAAAACAAGUGAGGACAUUACAGCUCUCAAGAAACGAGUACGAGAGCUCGAAGCGCAACUUCAGCAAAAAGGCAGCUACCAACUGGAGAAUCUCGUCGGUCGCAUUAGUGAUUUGGAAGAGGCGGUGGAAGGGAAUCAAGAAGAGGCGGCAAACCAGCUCAAGGCUUCGUAUCAGAACAGUUCGGCUGCUUGGCAAGUGAUAGAAGCACUGCAAGAGCGGAUCAAAAGUUUGGAGAAUUAUUGUCAAUUGUAUUGUGAGCAGAUGAUGGCGACGAGGAAGGAAGUCAAGGAACUGUAUAAUCGACAACUGGAGAUGAUGGAUGGAGAGGAGAGUUUGGAAGAAAGGAUAAAAAUGCUGGAGGAUCCAGGGAACCUAUUGCCGUUAUUCCAGAGUGGGCAGAUCAGUUCCGUGACUAUGGAUACGAGGUAGACAUGGACUGGGUGGCAUUAUGGCAGCUACGGGGCGAAGGGGC